AAGCAAUGUCUCCUUCCAAAACUCAUCAUAUCGAGCCAUGGAAACUCACGGCUUUUGAAGCUCUUGGGAAGAUCCAGGCUGAUGAGAUGUCAGUCCAAGAGUAUGCCGAGUCUUUACUUGAAAGGAUCAAGGCACGCGAUGAAGGCGUCAAAGCUUGGGCAUACCUGGAUGAGAAGAGGGUCGUGCAGGAAGCAAGACUUCUAGAUGAGAUCCCUAAGAAAAAUAGAGGACCUCUUCAUGGACUCCCAAUCGCUGUGAAGGAUGUCAUUUACACAAAGGACAUGCCUACUCAGUUCAACUCGCCACUAUAUGAUGGCCAUUUCCCUGAGACAGAUGCUGCUUCCGUACGAAUCCUUCGUCAUGCCGGUGCCCUCAUCUUCGGUAUGCUAGGUAAAACAACUACCACCGAGUUUGCUGCUAUCCAUGUCGGCCCCAAGACCCACAAUCCUCAUGAUCCUCUACGCACUCCGGGCGGAUCAUCCAGCGGCUCCGGAGCUGCUGUUGCCGAUUUCCAAGCCCCCAUGGCCCUUGGGACACAGACAGGCGGAUCCAUGAUUCGUCCUGCAUCAUUCAAUGGGAUUUAUGGGUUCAAGCCAACCUGGAACUCUGUAUCUCGCGAAGGUCAGAAGAUAUACGCUCUGAUGUACGACACUCUUGGAUGGUAUGGACGAUGUGUCGAAGAUCUGGUCCUUCUGGCCGAUGUCUUUGCUCUUCAAGAUGACGAAGACGAAGAUCGUUCUUUUCAAGGCAUCGUAGGGGCACGUUUCGCAAUCUGUAAGACGAGCAUCUGGCCAAUGGCUGGUCCUGGAACCCAAGACGCUCUCGCCCGCGCUGCAGAUCUUCUCAGAUCCCAUGGCGCAGAAGUACAUGAGCUUGAGCUUCCUUCGGCAUUCGAUGAUGUGCCAGAGUGGUAUCGUAUUGGGCUUCACACCGAGGGCCGUACCUCUUUCCUACCAGAGUAUAGAGUUGGAAAAGACCAAAUCGGCCAAGUCUUGAUUGAGCACGUCGAGAACUCCGACAAUUUCACUCGCAAGACGCAACUGAUGGCUAGCGACAAAUUGGCUGCCAUGAGGCCUGUCUUCGACUUUAUUGCCUCGCAGUAUGCAGCUAUCAUCACGCCGAGUGUACCGGAUGAGGCCCCCGUUGGUCUGGAGAGUACAGGAAGCCAUGUUUUCUGCGCGAUGUGGAGCGGCCUUCAUGUCCCAGUCCUGAAUGUGCCAGGCUUCAAGGGUGACCACGGCAUGCCCAUCGGCCUCUCCCUCGUCGCACCGCGAUAUCGCGACCGUCACCUCUUGGAGGUUGGCAAGGCGGUCGGUGAAAUUUUCGAAGCCGAAGGCGGUUGGGAGACCAAGAUUGAAUAAGAAGAAGAUUGUAAGAGUAAGCUGUAAAGGAUCAAGAUUGAAAAUGGAAAACAGAACAUAGAGGGCCAUUGAGUGGCGCACGGAAAUUACAGGUAGAUUGAAUCAUACACAUGAUGCAUAUAGUUUGCAAUACUUCUAGAGUGGAUGUUGAAUACUUUUGUAGAAUUUCCCACCAGGGCUUUAAC